AAAGUGUUUCAGUUCUGAUCUACACCGAAAAUGCCUACAAUCGGUGAGACGGAGAAUCCAACGACAGCGAUACCAGAGCUAUCAAACGUCGCCCAAAUUUUGUACUCGACAAUCUUAUCGUGUUGCCUGGUGUCGUGUUUUGCCGGCAACGGCUUGGUGUUACUUUCCUUGAAACGUUAUCCUAACCUGCGCACACCUGCGAACGCCAUUCUCGGUAGCUUGGCUCUGGCCGACCUAUUGACGGGCUUAACAUUUACAGUGUGGAUCUACAAUUUACUCUCAGAGGACUUUGGAGGAGUGCUAGCAAAUAUCCAGGCUGGAGUUUCCUCGACACUGAUUGCAACAGCGAGUUUGCACAUAGCACUCAUCAGCAUAGAUCGUUUCGUCUCCAUUCGCUACGCCUUGCGAUAUCUCAGCCUCGUCACGAUGACUCGAGUCUUAAAACUUCUAGCUCUCGUCUGGAGCUCGACGCUAACCAUUGUGGGUCUUGUCGCAUUCCUAACUACGAUCAUUGCUCCUAAUUCGGACGCGAAAAGGAUCAUGCUUUACAGAAGUCUACGAACGACAGGUCUCUAUUCGCACAGUGUUCAUCCGUUGCUAGUCACCUACAAAAUUCUAGUGCUCGUCUUGUUUUUCGGCCUGCCUUUCGCCGUCAUUUUCAUAUCGUAUGCCUACGUUGCUAAAAUUGUACACGAAAAAAAAAGAACCAUCGCUUCCGAAAUCGUUAACAGAAUAACGAUGGUUAACGCCAAAGGAACCAAGACUCUGUUUAUUGUAUUUUUGCUGUACUCGAUUCUCAAUAUGCCUUACGUUAUCGUGACCGCUUUUCAACUUUUGAACACGAAUUUGAAAUUGCACUCUAUUCUUCGCCCUUUGCUUGUUUUGGCAUCCUUGGCGCCAUCCUGUAAUCCUUUUAUGUAUGCAUACAGGGAUCGCCAUUUUAAACAGGCUUUUAGAAAGAUUUUGAGCUACGAGUCCGGCGAGUUUGCAUCAAGGUGACUCGUGUGUUAACGAACACUGACCGGUUAUUCGAAAGGCGUUUGAGUCAGUCAAAAUGGAA